CUGACCGCGCCCCUGAAGAAGGUGGAGAACCACAUCACCGAGGCGCAGCGCUUCUCCCACCUCCCCAAGCGCUCGGCCGUGGACGUGGAGUUCGUGGAGCUGUCCUACUCCGUGCGCGAGGGGCCCUGCUGGCGAAGGCGCGGUUAUAAGACCCUCCUCAAGUGCCUAUCGGGUAAAUUCUGCCGCCGGGAGCUAAUUGGCAUCAUGGGCCCCUCAGGGGCUGGCAAGUCCACGUUCAUGAACAUCUUGGCAGGAUACAGGGAGUCGGGAAUGAAGGGGCAGAUCCUGGUCAACGGGAGGCCGCGGGAGCUGAGGACCUUCCGCAAGAUGUCCUGCUACAUCAUGCAGGAUGACCUGCUGCUGCCGCACCUCACCGUGUGGGAGGCCAUGAUGGUCUCUGCGAACCUGAAGCUGAGUGAGAAGCAAGAGGUGAAGAAGGAGCUGGUGACGGAGAUCCUGACGGCGCUGGGCCUGAUGUCCUGCUCCCACACGAGGACAGCCCUGCUCUCGGGCGGGCAGAGGAAGCGCCUGGCCAUCGCCCUGGAGCUGGUCAACAACCCGCCGGUCAUGUUCUUCGACGAGCCCACCAGUGGUCUGGACAGCGCCUCCUGCUUCCAGGUGGUGUCCCUCAUGAAGUCGCUGGCCCAGGGCGGCCGCACCGUCAUCUGCACCAUCCACCAGCCCAGUGCCAAGCUCUUUGAGAUGUUUGACAAGCUCUACAUCCUGAGCCAGGGCCAGUGCAUAUUCAAGGGCCUGGUCACCAAGCUGAUCCCCUACCUGAAGGGCCUGGGCUUGCACUGCCCCACCUACCACAACCCAGCCGACUUCAUUAUCGAGGUGGCCUCUGGCGAGUACGGAGACCUGAACCCCAUGCUGUUCCGGGCCGUGCAGAACGGGCUGUGCGCCAUGACCGAGAAGAAGAGCCUAGAGAAGAAUGAGGCCCCUGCCCCCUGUCCGCCUUGCGCUCUGGUGAGUAGGGGCGAAGGGGCAGAGGGCAGAGUGGGGGAGAGGGGAGGGGGUCAGGGUAAAGGCCUGCCAAGGCGGCUGCUCAGAGGCACCGCAGCCCGGGGCUGGGAGCACCUGGGCCUGGGGAUGGCCCCGGGGAGCAGCUGCCUCGCUUGGGUCCUGACCCACCUGCGGUUCGUGUCCCACGUGGUGAUUGGUGUGCUCAUUGGCCUCCUCUACCUGCACAUCGGAGACGACGCCAGCAAGGUCUUUAACAACACGGGCUGCCUCUUCUUCUCCAUGCUCUUCCUCAUGUUCGCUGCCCUGAUGCCCACCGUGCUCACCUUCCCCUUAGAGAUGGCCGUCUUCAUGAGGGAGCAUCUCAACUACUGGUACAGCCUCAAGGCCUAUUACCUGGCUAAGACCAUGGCCGACGUGCCCUUCCAGGUGGUGUGCCCCGCCGUGUACUGCAGCAUCGUGUACUGGAUGACGGGCCAGCCCGCGGAGACCAGCCGCUUCCUCCUCUUCUCGGCCCUGGCCACGGCCACGGCGUUGGUGGCCCAGUCUCUGGGGCUGCUCAUUGGAGCUGCCUCCAACUCCCUGCAGGUGGCCACAUUUGUGGGCCCGGUGACCGCCAUUCCUGUGCUCCUGUUCUCCGGCUUCUUUGUCAGCUUCAAGACCAUCCCCACCUACUUGCAGUGGAGCUCCUACCUCUCCUACGUCAGGUAUGGCUUCGAGGGUGUGAUCCUGACUGUGUACGGCCUGGGGCGCGGGGACCUGGCCUGCCCGUUCCGGGAGGACCGCUGCCCAUUCCAGGAGCCGCAGAGCAUCCUCCGCGCGCUGGAUGUGGAGGACGCCAAGCUCUACGUGGACUUCCUGGUCUUGGGCAUCUUCUUCCUGGCCCUGCGGCUGCUGGCAUACCUCGUGCUCAGGUACCGGGUCAAGUCGGAGAGAUAGAGCCUGGCCCCGCCUGUGCCCGGCCCCGCAGCAGGCUGCCCGGAUCCAGCCCUUUGGGACUGUUUUAACCUGUGGACUGGGACCCCGGGUGCUGGCCCAGCUGCCCUGCCCUCUGUCCACUCCCCCCAGGCUGCGGCCUGGAGCGCGGUGCAGCCCUCCACACUGUGCCCAGGAGUCGUCCAGGGUGAUGUGGUUUGUAGCUUCCCCCUUCUCCCUUCAAGGCCUGCAUGCAAAGACCACGGGGCCGUCAUGCUCCCUCCGGCCCUGGCACCCCUCUGUUGUCUGCCUGGGUGCCCCAGGUUCUCCGCGCCCCACUUACAACUGACCAAAGUGGCCCCCUCUGGGGGUCCCAACCACACAAGUGUUGUAAACAGCUGUUACAAAGUGGAGGUCCAGGGCUGGGCCCUGACGGGGUCCCUGGGAGUCCCGUGUGGACGUUAGAAUGGGUAGGAAGGGCUCUGGCAGACUCUUCCUCCCCCUCCUCAGCCCCCC